CGUAUCUACAUUAUUAAAACUUAGUAUAAGACUGUCUAUAGAUUAAACCGGUAAAUAUUUUUGUUGUUAUUCAUUGUUAAAAAUGGAUUCUUUUAUCAAAUACAGUUCAGAUUGUGAUUUUACAAUUGAAAAUUUACCCUAUGGAGUAUUUACCACGAAAGACGAUUCCACACCACAAAUAGGGGUAGCAAUUGGAGACGAAAUUUUAAAAUUAAAAGAAAUUGCUAAUUUUUUUAAAGGACCAGAAUUAGCACUUCAUCAAAAUGUAUUUACAGAGACAAAACUUAAUGCAUUUAUGAGCUUAAAACCAGCAGCAUGGAGAGAAGCUCGAGAAACAAUACAAUCGUUACUAUCCACAAGUAACACAACUUUACAGAAUGAUCCAGUACUUAGGCGUAGAGCAUUUAUUUUACAAACUGAAGCCAUUAUGGAAGUACCAGUCGAUAUUAUUGAUUAUACUGACUUUUAUUCAUCGAUUCAUCACGCUACCAACGUUGGAACUAUGUUUCGAGGAAAAGAUAAUGCAUUGCCUGCAAAUUGGAAAUAUAUCCCAAUAGGAUAUCAUGGUCGUGCAAGCUCUGUGGUUAUUUCUGGUACACCAAUUCGUCGCCCAAAAGGUCAAACAAUUCUCAAUGAAAAUGAGCCACCUGUUUAUGGUCCUUGUAAAUUAAUGGACUUUGAAUUAGAAAUGGCAUUUUUUGUUGGAGGCCCUAAAACAAAUUUAGGAGAACCAAUUAAUAUUAGAACAGCCGAAGAUCAUAUAUUUGGUAUGGUGUUGAUGAAUGAUUGGAGUGCACGUGACAUACAAAAAUGGGAAUAUAUUCCCUUAGGACCAUUUACAUCAAAAAAUUUAGGUACAACAAUAUCACCAUGGAUUGUAACAAUGUUAGCAUUGGAACCAUUUAAAGUAGCAAAUACACCACAAGAUCCAAAACCAUUCCCAUAUUUGUAUCAUGGCGAUGAUUAUAAUUUUGAUAUUAAAUUGCAAGUUGAUUUGAAGACUGAAAAUAAGAUAUCUACGGUAAUAAGUAACUCAAAUUAUAAAUACCAAUAUUGGACUCAAAAACAACAAUUAGCUCAGCAAACUGUUACUGGUUGUAAUGUUAAGCCAGGCGAUUUAAUGGGUUCAGGGACAAUUAGUGGUGAAGCACCUACCUCAUUUGGAUCAAUGUUGGAAUUAAGUUGGAAAGGAAGCAAACCAAUUAAAUUAAACGAUGGUACAACUAGAAAAUUCUUACUAGAUGGUGAUGAAAUUAUAAUUAGCGGAUAUUGUCAAAAUUCAAAUUCUCGUAUUGGUUUUGGCAAAUGUGCAGGAAAACUAAUUCCAGCACUUAAUUAAGUGUACGAUUCACCUUUUUAUACAUAUCUAAUAAAAAUGUUUUUUUAAGUAAA